UUAACAAUCAUUGGGCUAUCUAGCACAUAUUUUGACCAUAAUUGCAUUUAUGUGYUAAACCUGUUAUGCCAGUCUGACUUAAACUUUUUACAUUCUGUAUGAUGAAUAAUUGAUUCCAAAACAAUGUCAUUAUAUCCUGUAAUUACAUAAUACAUGAUGAAAUAGAUCUUUUCUUUCAUUCAUUUAAGCUGCUCAAUGAGCUACUGUUGCACCUUGAAGAGGCAGUACUGGUGACUGAUUUACAGCACAUUACAGAAAAUUUUGAUAAGAUGAAACCUUGUUUUAGUGAGGAAGGAAACCAUACAGUUKCUCUUGUUAUGGGAAAUGAGGAUUACAGCACACUAAGAUGUUCCCUUGCCAAUGUGAUUGAAGAAGUUAACGACCUCAUCAACAAAGGCAAAAUCAAGGUUAAAGAUGAGGAAUUUAACCUUGAGUUUUUCCUAGGAGGUGAUUACAAGUUCCUUCUGAAUGCUAUGKGUAUGAAAGGGGCCACGUCGGACAAAAGCUGUAUAUGGUGUGAGAUUCACAAGAAUGACAGAUGCAACAUGAGCCACUCCURUAGUGAACUGGCAAGAGAACUUGRACCAAAUUGACAUGAAAAACCUGGCUGCCAAGACCAACCACUUUUCAACAUUCAACWAGACCACAUCAUAAUUGAUGAGCUCCAUUUGCUACUAYGAGUCAUGGACCGCCUUGAGGAAGGACUGAUUAAAGAUAUUAUUCAGUGGGAUAAGGUUGACGGUAAUACAAAAGGAAACAGCAUUGGAUUGAAACACCUAGUGGAUUUCACACAAACUGUCCAUUCUCUAGGUGUUUCCUUUGAGAUUUGGAUAAACAAGGCAAAGGAAAUUGAGUGGACAGCCAUGCUUGGCAGCGACAAGCAAAAACUGCUAAGAAAACUCCCUGACCAUUUUCCUAAGCUGUUGCCGCAGGAAAAAGUUGAGAGAACACAUAGCCUCUGGCUUAACUUCUGUCACCUAAUGGAAAAGCUCAAUAGCCUUAAUACUCAAGAAAGUGUGGAAACCUUUCAGAAAAAGGUAUUAAUGCAGUUUGUUUUCACUGACUUAUUGAAAAUGACAGUUAAUGACAACUUUGCAACAGCGGACUACGUCAUGUCGAACUACAAGGCUUUCAGUGCAUUCGAUGUCUUUCAAUUUAAGGCCACUCUCGAUGACUAGUAGGCCUUCUCUUAACUCUUCCACUCGGACAGGUUCAACAUCGCGCUACUCAAAGUCAGUUAUCAGAUCUUUAGGCAAAUGAGUAUAUGGCUCCCACGUAUUUUCUGUUGAGCAGUAGUUCUUCCAUUUGACGAAGUUUUCUUUCUCCGCUGAAGCGCUUGGCAACAACACUUGGCUUGUCAAUUUUUGACUUUUUUGUGUAACUAAGGCCGAAAUCAUUAUCCAAAAUGGUUUUGUAAAAACCCGCACAAGGUCGUGAUYGCUUUGACAUGUUUAUGUUUAUGAAUGGAAAACAAAAUUAUCCUUGGUUUUUGUA